GGAUAAAACUGAUAGUAAACAAAGCAAAAUUGAAAAUGGCGCUUCUCUCUUCCCCUCAUCCUCUCCCAGCCCAAUUCUCUGUUUCCACCGCCUCUCUACUCGUCCGCCGCCGCCCUACCACCGCCUGCCAAGUAUGUACCCCCAAGGAAGCCGUACACCGGGUCGACCCGUCCGCGCUCACUCUUGCCGAGAGUUUGUCGGAGAACGAGCUAUGGGCCGCCGCUUGUCUCCGCGUUCGCUCCUUCUACCAGUUCAAACCCUCCACGUUCGGCCUCCAAGAUCACAGAAGGUACUUGGCGGAACGGGAGUUUGAAGCGAUGAAGGAACGUGUUGGUGGAAAGAGGAAGGGUUUCAGAAGAGUUUCGUGCAUAAAUGCUUCAGUCCCUUUGUCACAAAUUUCUAGCCUUUCUGUGUCAGAUGAAUUUUGUGCUGAAUGUAAGUUUAACAAGGAUGGAGAAGAUCGAGUGGUGGUUGGGACUCUUGAUCUUAACCAGUGUGUGAGUCUUCCAGAUGAGAUUACAGGAAUCAAGCCAGAGGGGAUUGGAGCUGAUUUUGCAAGGGCAUACCUAAGUAAUGUAUGUGUUGCUAAAGAACUGCAUAGAAAUGGGCUAGGUUAUGCUCUUGUUUCAAAAUCAAAGUUAGUUGCGCAAGAAUGGGGCAUAAGUGAUCUUUAUGUUCAUGUUGCUGUUGAUAAUGAACCUGCAAAAAAGUUGUACAUGAAGAGUGGUUUUGUUUAUGAAAAUGACGAGCCUGCAUGGCAGGCGAGGUUCCUAGACCGGCCACGAAGGAUACUUUUGUGGUUUGGCAUCCCAGGGCUGCAACUAUGACUUGCAAGUAGCAACGCUUGAAUACCAAGUUAUAUGAUUUUAGAUAUUUCUCUGUUUUCUUUAAUAUGCGUUUUUUGUUGUGGCAGUGAUGCAAAUCAUUUUUAGACACUCACAAGACUGAACAUAAUUGUUGUUUUCAUCAUUGAAGUGUAAAUGUUUGUCAUUAUAUUGGUUUAUAGACACUGAAAAUACCAGCAACUUUGCCAAUA